AAGCUUCCGGCUUCUUCCUCGGGUGAGAUUAACAAGACAGAUCAACAUCAAUACUACAAUGAGUGGAUAUUUGGAUUAGAAAAAGGAUUAUUUUAGCUCGAAGCGGAUUGCAGCCAUGAUGGCGACAAGCUACAACGCUAAGGAAGAGGACGGACACCACUCGGGUGCUUCGAGUCACGGAGCCGCAGGGGUUGUGAAAAGUAAAAAGCCCGACAACACAGCGUUCAAGCAGCAGAGACUACCAGCCUGGCAGCCCAUCCUGACGGCAGGCACCGUGCUGCCUGCUUUUUUCGUUAUCGGUCUCAUCUUCAUCCCCAUCGGCAUCGGCCUGUACGUCUCGUCUAACAACAUCAAAGAGUUCGAGAUUGAUUACACUGGUGUCGACAUUUCCAAUCCAUGCUACAGCUGUGCCAAGAACUUCAGCUGGAACAGCACAACACCAUGUGUCUGCUCUAUGAACUUCACAUUGGAGCAGCCAUUUGAGAGCAAUGUCUUCAUGUACUACGGCUUAUCCAACUUCUAUCAGAACCACAGACGCUAUGUAAAGUCCAGGGAUGACAGCCAACUGAAUGGUGACCAGUCUGCUUUGAAGAACCCCAGCAAGGAAUGCGAACCGUACCGCACAAGUGAUGGACUGCCCAUCGCUCCAUGUGGGGCCAUAGCUAACAGCCUUUUCAAUGACACUCUGGAGCUGUAUCAUAUUGAUUCCAAUAACACUAGAAAUACAAUUCCUCUGGUAAAGAAGGGCAUUGCCUGGUGGACAGACAAGCAUGUGAAGUUCAGGAAUCCUGGUGAAAACCUCACUGCAGCUUUCCAAGGCACAAAUAAGCCGGUGAACUGGAGGAAGCCAGUGUAUGAGUUGGACCCUUCAGAUCCUGACAACAACGGCUUUAUCAACGAGGACUUCAUCGUGUGGAUGCGCACGGCUGCGUUGCCCACCUUUCGCAAGCUCUAUCGGAUCAUCCAGAAGAAGUCCAACACGACUCCCACUCUGCCCAGUGGAAAAUACGUGUUGGAGAUCACUUACAAUUACCCUGUGCUCAGCUUUGAUGGUCGCAAGCGGAUGAUCCUGAGCACCAUCUCCUGGAUGGGAGGCAAGAACCCCUUCCUUGGCAUUGCCUACAUCACCGUGGGCUCCAUCUGCUUCUUCCUGGGUGUGGUUCUGCUCAUCAUCCACCACAAAUAUGACACCCGCAGCAACAGUGCAGAUAUUCCAAACUAAACCGUAUCGCGUUUUCCUGCCUCUGCAUGCAUGGGUGGCCCUAAAAGGUUCGCUCUGGACUGCUUGUUUGAUUUUUAGCGUGAUACACUGGUCUCUGUAAUUGUCUGUCAUGUGUUUUCAUCAAAAGCUGUGUUUAUGUGUAGGAAGAAGAAUGCUACAGUCUGUGUCUUGUGUGCAUACAGCUUCGAGUCAGCUGCUAAGAAUGUCGUUUCCUGUCUUCAGAAGAAAGUUUUUAUCUUUUAUUUAUCUAUACAAUAUCGAAGUAUCUGUUUUAUUUUAGCAGUGCUUUGCGAAUGGCUUAAUUAUUGAAGGAUGUAUGUAUUUGUAAUGCAAGUUUAUGUCCAUAUUAUGUACUGUAAUAUGUCCUGCUGAUGAAUGUACCAUUAUAUUUCAUGACAUACCUCUGUGGUUUUUGAGAUUACCUUGAAUAUAGUAUGUGAUAAUCAUUGCUCGUGUGCUGUUUAUCAUGGUAAGCAUUGAUGUUUAACAAGCAGUGUUUUAACCUUGAAGAGUCAUAGAAUACUCAGAGUUCUACCAAAAGUGUGGUUUUCUACCCUCCACUGUGAUUGGUUGUAUAAAGAGAUUGAGCCAGUCACGAGGCAUCUUUUUCAUAUAUAAUGCUUCGUAAUAGAAACAUAACCCUACGCCACUAUAUCAAGUAUUCUAUUAUAAGACUAAGGUUGAUUAGAGCACAAAAAGUCUGUCUUGUUUUUACAGUUCAGUUUGGCCUGCGUAAUAAGUUCUUUUACGUUCUUCAAUGUUGACCAAAUGAUAUGCACUUUAAAAGUGUCACAUUUGUUUCCCCUUGUUUCACUUCUGUUACAAUAUUGCUUUCUUGAUCUAUUAAUAAUGAGCAUAUUGGUUAAAUUUGAAAUUCCUGGGUUUUAUAAAGUUUUUAGGGUCCAAUUAAACAACUUGGUGAAUGUA